UAAUGUUUUUGCACAUAUACAGUGGCAAGCUGUUCCUAUAAAAAACAAGUGGUUGUUUUUAUUGAUAAAUAUUUUAUGUUCGGUUUAGUUUGAUUAAUUAAAAGAUAAAGAUGAUUUCUAAAAAUUGAACUCAUUCGAUAGAGUGGGCAAUUUACACCAUUGGUGGAGAUUUAUCCUUUAUUGAUUGUAUUUUCACAGUUUUUGUUUUAUACACCUGUAUUAUUAUAUAAUUAGUAAUUGUAGAUUGACUGAUAAAGUGAAAUCUGAUUUUUGAACCAUAUAUUUUCUUUUUCUAUUGGAAGAUUUUAUUGAAGCAUGAAGAGAUAACUGAUAAAAUGGAUUGGAAUUUGUCCCACUGCCAGAGGAAAAGAUAUUGUGGACGUUUGGAUGUGUUUUAAUAAGUAAGGAUAUGAAAACUUUGUGAAGUGGUAAUAGGAUGUACAGUUUCAUCAAAAGAAAUUAACAGACAUCGUAAUUCAAGUAAGAUUAUGGGUAACUUUGGUGGCCAUGCUUUACCAGGAUCUUUCUUCAUUGUUUUUUCAUUAUGGUGGACAAUACAGAUGUUUAAUAGAUAUUACACAUCCCUACGCAAAAAUACACAAUUCACAUCUACUCCUACAUACCCAUGUACUUGUCUAUGUGGCCGAUUCAAAGAUUUUCCUAUUGAAUCCAUAGGCAAAAUAUUAUUAGUUGUUGUUGGAUUUUCCCUAGAAAUAUAUACUGGAUACAAUUUCUCUGUGCAUAAAUUCACCACUCCAGGAAAUGCCCAGCAUGCUACAAUGUUUUUCUUUUUUGGAAUGAGUGGAGUGAUAGAUUUCCUUGUAUAUUUAAAAGCACCUAUACCUAAAGAUUUGGAUUAUGUUAUAGUGCUAAUAGCUUUAAGUGUUGAAGCUUUAUUAUUUCAUUUCCAUCUUCAUGGACGAAAUGAACUGAAUGUACAACUACAUACGUUACUUAUAUACACAAUUGUCUUCAAUUUGAUCGGGGUGAUUUUAGAAAUGAAAUAUCGUCAUAAAGUUCUAGCAGCGCUUUCUCGAGCCUUUUUCUUUCUUGUUCAAGGGACUUGGUUUUGGCAAAUAGGUUUUAUAUUAUACAAUCCAAAUCCAUAUGCGGAAAAAUGGAAGCCAGAUGAUCAUGUGGAAUUCACUUUUGUGACCAUGUACUUCACAUGGCAUUGUGGGAUAAAUUUUUUAAUAAUGUUCGCAAUAGGCAGUUGUGUAGCUUUUUAUCAAAAGAGAUUUCAUACAAACAGAGAAGAUGAUAUAUGUAUGAAGAGAUUGAUUCAUACUGGAACCAAUGGGCAAACAUUAAUUUCAAUGGGAGACAGUGAAGAUAGUGAUAUAGAGUACCAGAAACCAGUUAUCAGAUGAUACCUGUAUAAAUAAUUUAUAUAAAAUCAGUUAUGCGUUGGGCAGAUUUGUCCACUGUCAUCAUAUCCACAUAGUCCAUAGUCAUUAUAUUCACAUAAUCCUCACAGAUGAGAAGCUUGUAGAUAUAUUCUAUUAUUAUUAUUUUCAUUUAUAUUUUCAACUAUUAUAUAGAGCAUGCAGGACUUCUCAUGUCAAUGUUACAAGGCUGCAUCGGUCAAAGCUGACAAUUUAUGUCUCAUUUUUAAGUCCUAUUGGAAAAUUAGUCACAUUCUUGUAUUCUACUAUAAAUUUCCAAUUAUUUGUAGGAACUUAGUGCAAUUUUUCUAUUGGGUAUUGCAAAAUAUUAUUUCUUUUAUAUAUGAAGUAAUAAUAGGUAUGUAUAUAUACAUUUGUACAAACAUUUUUCCAUCCUAUUUAUUUGUAAUUAUUCAGAAGUUUUUAUAUUAUGUUUUUAUUAUAUAUACAAACAUUUUUCCAUGCUUUUUAUUUUUUUUUUAUUCAAAAUUUAUAAACAUUUACAUAUGAACAGAUUUUUGUUAUAUUUAAAUUAAAUGUCAUAUUCCUUGAUAUCGUAUGAUUUUGAUUUUAUUGACCAAACUUCAUGUUAUCAUAUUCUGUGGCAGUCAAAAUUAGUCCUCCUUUUGCACACACCCUUAUGUCUUUCUAUGUUCAUUUUAUAUCAUCUAUUAUGUUCACAGAACUUGUUUACUUGCUACAAUAAAAAAAUGAUAAUUCACUAUACAUUCCUUUAUUUAAUUAGAAUAUCUGAGUUAUCUCCCCUUACAUGGCUAAAUUGAAAAAUAUUAAAUCUAAAAAUUAAAUAUUAUGUCUUUCAAACUUUUGUAAAAACAGUCUUAUUUAUAAGAUAAAAUGCAUAACUUUCCUCUCCUUCGUUUAGAUGAGAAGUCUAUCAAAUGAAUUGCAUUCUUCUCUCAAAAUUUGCAUAUUUCAUUUAAGAUCUAGUUGAUUAUUUUCUGUUAUUUUACAAUUCAAGAUGGUAGAAGAACCAAAAUUUUGUAUACAUAUGCAUCUUAGAGAGUCCUUAGUGUCAGGUACCAUUUGAUGAUUCAGUAAUUUAUAGGGCUCCAGUAGGGUACCCCCUUAGGUCACCAGGUCACAUUUUAAAAUUGCCUCAGGUCACGAGAUCACUUUUAGGUAAGUAAAUUUGAAAGCAAACAGCAAUCCACGUAACAAAUUUUAAAGGUCACAUGUCCUUCUAAAUGAGAAGUCAUGUUGCAAGGCCUACUGCCAAACCCUCCAAGGUCGCAGACAAUGGUAAAAUGUUUUGAAACUUUAGGACCAGAAGCACAUUAUCCUUGUUUCUUAUGUUUCUUGUUAAAGAAGAUUUUUAUACAAACAAGUUGACUCUUGCAACAAUUCUUUGAGGGGUUCAUGGGUGGCCUGUUGCAAGGCAAAAUUUCUGUUCAUGUCAAUAUACCCUCAUUUCCCAGUGGUAGUCCAAAUUUCCCUGACCUUCAUUCUGGAAGCCCUCUAUUACAGGACCUACCUAUUGUAUAUAUUGUUAAUUAGUUCUUGUCCUGAACAUGCAUGAACUAUUUGUCACUGUACAUUAAACAAACAGCAAUUAAUCAAUUUACAAAAGUUUCAGCAACAACAAUAUCUGAAAAAUAAUAGAAAUUUAGAAACACACACUUAGAAUAAAUCCAAAAAAAAUUGAAGUGGAAAAUUUUUUCUAUGGUUUAUAACCUGCAGUGACCUUAAAGUUUGCUUGAUUUAUAUUUCUGUUUGUAUUGCUAUUGAUCGACUUAGUACUACUUAAUUGUCGUUUGAUUUAUAGUACCAUUUAGUAUGUGAUAGAUAUUAAAGUAUAUUUUUAUUAAAAUGUUAAACUAUUUAUAAGGCUUAGUCCACAUUUAAUUGCCUGUAUUGUUUUAUAGGAAUAUUUUUAUACACCAUACAUCCUUGGAAGAAAAGAGAUAUUUUGGUACAUACAUUUUAUAGUCUGUUAGUUUGCUAUGAUCACUUUUGGUUGCAAAUUUUAAAAUAUACAGUAAGAUUUCACAAAGACAUGCUACUUUUUUUUAAAAUCUUUUAUAGAUUUUAAUUUUGUACAAAUAUUACUAAGUUACAGUACUGAGUGUAUUUAAUUAAAUGUGAAUUUCCAGCUAAAAUAGCUUGAACAAUCCUUGAAUUUAUUUACACAAUGAUCCAUGGUGAAAAGCUUUUCAAUGAUUUGUAUGAUUUUGCAUGUCUUUUGUAAGACUUUGUCCAUUGUGUAACACAUGUUUUUCCAUGAGUCUUUUUGAAAACUGUCCAUCAGCUGCUUAAUCUGCUAGGUAAUAUUUUCUUAACCAGGCAAAUUUGUUUGAUUGUGGAGUUUUAUGCCACUUUCAGCACUUUUAUAUAGUGGAGACCAGUUUUUAUUGAUGGAGGAAGAUGUAGUGCCCCAAAGAAAACCAUUUAACUUUGGCAGUAAAAAUGCAAUCCUAAACAGUUAAGAUUGGAAUCCAACGCUCCUGUCAUGUGGGGGAAUUGAACUCACAACCUCAGUGUUGACAGGCUUGUGAUACAGUAGAUGAAAUAUUAGACCUAUUGGUCACCAAGGCCCCUACAGGCAAAAAAAGAAACUUGUCUUUUAUAUGUAUCUAGUGUCCACAACAAUGGCGAAAGGUGUGAUACCAAUUUCAUCAAAAUUGGUGAAAAUCUUAAAUCCUAUCAAAGUAAUGUCAAUUUUAUUGGUGAAAAAGUAGGAAAAAAUGGUGUGGUGACUUUAGUACAGAAAUGUUAUUUGUGAUUUGUCCAUGGCAUCAUGAAUGUAUUAGAAUUUAUAUAUAAUUGUCCAAAAUACAUCAUAUAAAGUAAAGUUUAUAGACAAAAAUAUAAUUAGCAGCCUUAGAUAACCAAAAAGAUAGUAGAUUUAUAUCAACAUCUUCAAAUAAGACAACUUUUUGACAAUCAAAUCUUUCACUUUACUCCAUAAGAUUUGUUUUUGGCUAAUACAAGUGACAAACAAAUCUUAAAGCUCUACCUCAAAGUGAUAAAUUGGAUUUUAAUCAUAUUCGUUUGUUUGGAAAGGGGUGGGGCUCUAUAGGUGCUAACGCUGUUGCUCAUUUCUGAAUAUUAAUAGGAUCCCAUAAUGAGUCAAAUUUUAGUUUUGUAGUAUUGACCUUAAUCAAAAGAAGUUUCACUUAAAUCAAUCAAAACAAGAAAUAAUCUAUCAAAUUGAAUCAGUAAUGCUGAUACAUGUACCUGACAGAAUAAUGUCAUGUGAACAUCAGAUGUUUAUUUUUUAAUAGAUUUUUUAGAAUUUUAUUAUUUUGGAAUUAAAUGGGCCAAAACAAAAUCCCCUUAUCUCCUUUCAGUAUUUAUUCUCUGGGAUAAACAAUUUCUUGUCAGCUAUAUAAAUUGAAGGACAAUCCAUAUUUUAGCUACUUUGAAUUGUCUAAAGCUAUUAAUCUAUUAAAGUGUUGUCUAUUUGUACAUGGCUGUGUCUGUUUGUACAACUGUCUUUUUGUUGCAUUAGUCAUGUAUUUAUCCUUAGAAUUCAUAUCUUUUAUACCCCAUAUAAUGAAGUUAAUUUAAUUUCUUCUAUCUGUUAUGUACAAAAACAAAAUGUUCUUCAAUUUGACCUCAUGAAUACAUUACCAUAAAUGGAUAAAGUGGUAACAAAUAAAACAUACAAAAUUCUUUAUAUAGUGUGAUGGGGUAGUGGCAAUUAACAGUUUUUAAAACUUGCAAAUAAUAAAAAAUUCAUAAUUGUGUGAUAUAUGUUUUGCAUUUGAAAAAAAAGAGUAUUUUGUAAUAUUAGUGAAAGGAAGUGCAGUUUACCGAAACGUAAGUUUUAAAAAUCAUAAUAAUCACCUUUAAGCAUAUCAGAGGGUCUGGAUGGGGGGUCUUUCAUUUCUUUAUUCUUUUAUUUAUUUAGGUCAUUUUUCUCUAUGCUUCAUAUUUUUUUUUACCUGUUAUUCUAUCUUCUUUAUAUUUCAACACCUCAUUAUUCUUUAUUCUUUUAUUUUUCUACAUUCUUUAUUACUUUGGCCCAUUAUUAUUUAUUGUGCAAAUCCCAUCCAGACCCUCAUAUCAGUUAUAUAUAUGUUAUUAGUGUUAAUGUUGUUUUUGAUAACCAAGACUGUAUGUUAUACAUAUACAUAUAUAUAUUCCCACAAUAUUCCAUGUUGGUACAAAUGUUUAUAGUGGUAAUUUUAAAAUGUUAAAAUAAAACAAUCCAAAUAC